AUGCCCGCCGGAAUUGUGGCGCUGCAUGAACUCCCGGUGUCGACGCUGUCGAGUCUCCUUGAAAGGUACAAGGCCGAUCUGGAGCGCACGUCGCCGAAUGAAAGCGACUGCAUUCCGCUGAAAGCCGUCGACGCGCAGGCGGAGCGGCUUGCGCUGCAACGUCUCCUCACCAACGUUUCCACUGUCGAGUUUGCAAGCUGCAGCAACUCACCGUUUUUCUCACCGGAGAUGGGACGACAGGAAACGGUGCGGGUGCUGAAAUACGCGCGACGCAUCGCGCACACCAUCACGCGACCCACCUACGGCAGGUACCUCAAAAUGGUGAUGCUGCUGCUGCGCGAGCUUCGCUUUGUAGUGUUUGCGCACGAUGCGCAGCUCUUCUCGCGAAAUCUGCCCUUCUACUCCCCGCAAAGCGUGUACGCCCGUGGCCGAGCAGCGAUGGAGGGACGGUGUGGCGGGGACACGGUGCAGAAAGUGGCGGAGGCGUUUCAGCUCAUCGCCUCACAGCGCUACUACGGUGCUAUGCAGCUGCUGCAACAGCGGAAUAACAUGGCCAAAGACAAGAACACCCCUUUUGCGAGAGCGCUGAUGACGGUGUUUACGGGGCUGACCGGUUGCAUCCGCACGGUAUGUGCGGCGCAGCUGGCUCUCCGUGAUGCGGAGUAUGCGGCCCUUCUGGUGAAGAAUUGGUCUCAGACGUCUCUCGACAUCGUCGGCGCUGUCGAAGAGCUGCAGGCAACACCAAUGGCGACGAUGGUGGAGUACUUGACCGACGUCGGUGGGCGCAUUCGGCUGUGCGCGGCGACACACGCGUCCGCGACGCGAGGCAGCGCUUUGGACUGCUUGUGUCGUCGUUUGCAACAAACUAUUUACGUGUCCUGCGCAAGCUUACGUCGCGAAGACAAAAGAAAGAGAGGCAGCCCUUUACCUAAACUUACCCCUCCGCCCGCCGUGUUGCUGCAGGUGGUCACAUCGGGCGGUGGCAGAGCUAUGGUCGAGGGUGCCCUGACAAGUUUUAUUCACAUAGUGGAUCAGUUCAGCCUUCUGGCCCCCGAUCUGAACGCGAUGAACUACCUGCUGCAGCUGUACGGCUUGGAGGAAGCAGACCUCCUCGCACACGAGGCGGACGUGAUCGAUGGCACCACAAAGCGACUGAACGGUGUCCUCUUUGAGGAGAAGAUGUUUGAGGCGGAGCUGCGCGACGUGGUGCUGCAGGUGCUUGUUCCGCACUGUUGCGCGGUGACGGGCUGCGAGGAGGCGAUGGCACAGGCGUGGGUGCUGGCGUGCCUGCGCAUCCCUCCCACCUCGAUGUCUGCGAAGGAGGACAGCACCAGCGACAGCCCCGACGCGGCGGACGCGGUGGCUGGGUUGGCUGACAUGCCCGUCUGGACGAGGCCGGCGACAGCGGCACCAAACGUCGCCCCACCGCAGUAUCGACUGGUGCGCAACGUGCACUAUGACUGGGACGACGCCGGGCUUCUGUGGAUGCCACGCACUGAUGGCGAACUGGACGGGGUUGUCUACGAUGCGCAGUCCCGGCAGGUGCUCUUCGUGUUGGAGGCAAAGUUGAACAUCGCCGAUUUAGGCAAAGCGUCCAACCAGAAGGAUCGUCUGUUCGGGGCGUUGGACAGGGCGUGGAAUCCUUCUUGUCCGCCGCCAUCGUCAAAGCAAGGGAAGGCACCGCGGCGCCCCGUGAAUUUCCCAGCGAGGUCCACGUCCGUGCCGAUCAAACUUGUGUUUUCUGUGGCUGACAAGACAGACGCCGCUUCGCCAGUGACAGCCGCGGCCGACGGCGAUGAGACGCCGCUGCACGACGCAGUGGAAGACGAUGUCGACGGAGCAGAAGACGGUGACGCAGCCGCUGCUGUUGCCGUGGAAGAGGCCGCCGAUGAGACUGCGGGGCUGGGCGCGGCACCGCUCGCCUCUGCAAAGAAGAUGACGUUGUUUUUCACACAGGACAACUUCACCGAAUUUUUUCGUGGUCCGCCGCUUCGCUCGUCGCCUGCUGGGGCUGCCGCGGAUGCCGCACCGCAGACCGGCAAUUUUCACCGCGACGUUGCCGGCACGGCGUUGACGGUUUCGCGCGAGUGUCGCUGGGUCUACCUGACCUCUCUGCGGCCGAAGAGCGACGCGGUCAACAGCACGGCUCCUGCUCCUGGGGGAGAGGUUUAUCUCGUGGAGAUGGCCCUGGCGUCUGCCGUUGGCGACGCCGUUGCUGAAGCGUAUCACAGGUUCUGUAUGGCAGGCCCCAACGGGGGGUUGUCGAAGGCUGCGUUGACCUCUCUUUUUCUCUCUAUUGGUAGCAGCUCCUUCUUUGUGCAGUGCGUGCUGAAGAAGAAGGGAGAUGCAGGUAUUGCAUCCGUACCCCGCCUGCAGUUGGAUCUUUCCUUCCCAACCGACGCGAUGCUGAGCUCGUCGAGUGUCAUGACCCAGCAGACCUCGUCGUGUCCUUAUACACGCGCUCUGCAGCUGUGGAAAAACCGUGUACGGCUGGUGGACGACACGCUCGCUGUUCAGCAGGUACAGCUGCGCAACGACUUCCUCAGUGAACUGCAGGUGAGCGACCGCAGCCUCUCGUUUGCUGUCAACACUGUUGAGAAGCGGGUUUUCAUAAAGGCCAAGAAAACGCCGUCCUUCUGUGAGGUGGUGAAGUCGUUGAUGAACGUUCACUGUCUACGCAAUCUGGUGAUGGUUAUCCAUGAUCACGAUGAUGAGACGAGUGCUUGA